AAACCGUCUGCGCGCAUGCGUGGAAUAGGGCGAGUGGCCGUGGCGCGAGAACGCGCGGGCCGGGGGCGCGAGCCGGAGACGGUUGAGCCGUUGGAGCCCCUUCCCCCCACUUCCGGUCCUAUCCCGGUCCAGGCGAAGACAGGAAGAGGCUUUGGCGCGGCCAUGAAGGCAGGGGCAACUUCCAUGUGGGCUUCCUGCUGCGGGUUGCUGAAUGAGGUCAUGGGGACGGGAGCCGUUCGCAGCCAGCAGCCCGGAUUUGGAAGCGGAGCGAACCCCUUCCGGUUCGCCCCAAGCACGGACUUCACUGUCUAUUCCUCGGCGGCGGCGGCAGGAGCGAACCCCGCCCUCUGCAAAUCUUGUGGCCUUUCCUUCUCCGUAUUCAGGAAAAAGCACGUGUGCUGCGAGUGCAAGAAGGAUUUCUGCUCGGUGUGCUCCGUCUUGCAAGAGAACCUCCGCCGUUGCUGCACCUGCCAGUUGCUGCAGGAGACGGCCUUCCAGCGGCCGCAGCUGAUGCGCUUGAAAGUCAAGGACCUGCGCCAGUACCUCCUGCUCAGGAACAUCCCCACGGAUACAUGUCGGGAAAAGGAAGACUUGGUCGACCUCAUCCUCCGCCACCACGGGUUGGCCUCCGAGGAGGAGACGGACACUAGCAGCUUGUACUCCACGCGGUCGCAGGCAUCCAGCCUCUCCACCCAGCACGUUUCUCUGUCUGGAUCGGUGUCCUCCUCUCAGGGAGACCUCGCCAACCGGCAGGAAAACGCGGGCAAUGAAACGCAGCUACAGGGGCCAAGCGAAAGACUCUCGGCAGAUCUGGGGGCGGAGGAAGACCACGCAGCUCAAGAAACUCCGGGCCAGUCCAGGAAGCGUGCCAGGGCCUCGCUGUCCGAUAUUUCUAGCCUGGAUGACGUGGAAGGGCUGACCGUCCGGCAGCUGAAAGAAAUCCUGGCUUGUAACUUUGUCAAUUAUUCGGGAUGUUGCGAAAAAUGGGAACUGGUAGAAAAAGUCAGCCGGCUCUACAGGGAGAACCAGACGAAUCACCGGCUGCAAGGAGAGAAGCCUCCGCUGACCGACGAGGACGACAACCUCUGCCGGAUCUGCAUGGACGCGGUCAUCGAUUGCGUGCUGCUGGAGUGCGGCCAUAUGGUCGCCUGCACCAAAUGUGGGAAGCGCAUGAGCGAGUGUCCGAUCUGCCGCCAGUUCGUCGUCCGGGCUGUUCACGUCUUCAAGUCCUGAGCGGCUGGGGCUUGGCCCCCCACCGAAAGCUUCCCGCUGCACAUUUCCUCCCGAGACGGCCACAUGGGGGGGAGGCUCUGGAAAGCCUCCGUUCCAAUCCAUUCAUAGCAUCCCCGACCGGGAGCUUAGGAGCUUUGACCGAUUGUAUUUCUGCUUUGCAAGUCAGAUGCCUCUUAAAGAUAGAGAUGUGUGAACUGGAAUGCUUUUCCUUUUCGUUUUUAUUUUUCCGAGACACAAAAAAAAAAGAAAAAAAGGCAAGACUCGAGUUCAAGAGUCGCUCUUGCAGGAGGAGAUUCAACGCUUCCGAUUGCUCUCUUCUGAAAAAUAGCACAAAAAAAGCGAGAAAAGACGAAGGAGAGCCGAGUUACACCUUCUCAGAGAGCAAUGGGAGGAAGCAGAGUCUUCCCCGGGGGGCGUUUUCUCACCCCGGGAGGGAGAUUUUGUGGGUGGGCUGGCAGAGCAGUUCUUGUGCCAAUCACCCAGAGUGUCAGCCCACCUGGGGAUCUACAAUUAGCCUUAAUGGGAAGAGUUGAAAGCUGCCUUUUACAGUCUGCAUCGGAGAGAGCGAGAGCGAGCCAGUGAGCCACUUUGUAUCUCCGUUCCGACACCCUAAAUACGUCCUCGGAUUCAGCACGGGAAGAGUCGAGUUUACAUUCUCACCUUGAGAAGGUUGACCAGGAUUUGUCACGUUGACCUGGCCUCCCGAGUCACCAAAAGCGAUGCUGGAUUGCAUGCCACAAUCCCUAAAGCGACGUAGGUGUUGAAAAAUAUUUUAAAAAGCACUGUAUACAUUUAAAAUAUACAAACCACACGGAGACGGUAACAACUACAAUGUUGAAUGUCUAUUUACCCAGGACCCCCUGACCUGGUGACCCCCAUAACCAGGUCUUGAGGGCGGGGAAGGGGUGCUCCAUAGGAGAGGUGCCUCGAUAGAGAAAAGGUUUGGAUGGACUGCCUGCCUGCCUACCAAACAAGAAUAACUCCAACCCUCUUCUGAAACUGGGUCCCUCAGUUGCUGGGGGGUGGACCGAUCUAGUAGAUCCCGCCUGCAGUAGACUGAGGCCCCAGAGCCUCCUGGUCAUCGGGAUCGGACCACAGGCAAUGGAUUUCAUGCCAUGGACUCAUCGGAGCAAUUGCUCUGAUUGGCAACAUCAGGUCCGGUGCGUGAUCCCAGUUCCUUCUCGGGCUGUGGAUGACCUGAGAGAUAAUCCCACCCUUGUUCCCAUUGUCCUCUCCACCACCACCCAUCCACAUCAACUGGUAGAGCCCCUCCCCGCUCACACACCAGCUGCCCCUCUGCCCCCCCCCCCGGGAGAAAUUGGUCCGUUCAAAGUAGCACCCAGCAAGCGGGCUCUUCUGGUUCCUAAAGGGCAAGGCAAAAUGAUCUCCGUGGGGAAGGGGGGUCUACAGUAGUCUACCACUUCUGCUGUAGCCCCCCCGCCUCUCCACCCCUCAAAUUCCCAAAGUCCACAGAAGUAGAGACAUUCAGGAAGGAACCAGGUAACGAAGGGAAGUCCAGCAGCAGCAAAAAAGACACCCCACAGCAGACCUAACUUGAGGGAAUUAUUUUUUUUAAAAAAAAAAGCCAGGUCCAAAAGCAACCAGUUGCAAUCUUGCUUAUUUCAGCCCUGCUGCUUUGGGGGUGUCCUAAAAGAUUAUCUGUUCUGCCACUGUCUUUCCUGUCCAGCAACACAUAUUGCAGUAGCUCUGCAUUGGUUUCUUAAGAGAUUUGCAGUCCCCAAAUAGCUGGGACGAGCAAAAGGCUCCCCAAAAAAUCCUCUGACUGCGUGGCGUGUAGGGAAAGCCAAGAAGCAUUUUGGGGAGCCCAUUGUGAAUUUCAGGCUUUGGAGAAAGGCUGUGAAAAUUGGGUGCCUGUUCAGCAGCCAGCUAAGGGUUAACCAUUUGCAUCUUGAAGCUGAUCAUUUUUCAGAAGGGAGCAAAGAAAUGAUGGCUUUGGUGUUUUGGGGGUUUUUUGGGGGGUUUUUUUUUGGAAAAUGUCUCUAACAAAGAGACGGUGUAGAAUAUCAAGUCGUUCAGGGGUACAUGCAUAAUCGAGAAUGUAGUAUAUCCAUAACAUUCUGAGUUAACGGCUGGCUUAAUAAACGUUUCAUCCAUUGG